AUGCUCGAAGACAAAAUCGAUCAAAUAAUGGGCCAUAUUAACAUUGCUGUCCCCCGACGCUCAGAGCCCCAAUAUCCAACUCCAAAAAGUGAUACUAGCUGCUCCUGCCCAGGUGCCGACGCUAUUGAUGUAAUCGGAAAAGGUCUCAUCAGCCAAGAAGUUGCAGUUGAACUCUUGGAUCAGUACCGCGAAGCCAUGCUAUUCUUCCCCUUCGUCAUGCUACCCGCAACAACGACAGUGCAAAACUUACGAACCGAGAAGCCAUUCUUACUUCUUUGUAUACUUGUAUUUUGCUCAUUCCGCGAUGAUCCGCUGCAAAAAUCUUUAGAAGAGGUUCUAGAGGUCUACAUAUCGAAUCAGGUACUUCAUGCGGAUCACGAAUGCCACCAGCCUUGUUUAGAAACAUUGCAGGGACUUUUAAUUAUCUUAGCUGGAACCCGUCAGUUUCACCAACUAUGUCGCUUCCCAGGCUACAUGCAACUCGCAGUUGGCUUAAUGAAUACCGCACGACUAGAUCGACCCCCGAAAUACAGAGUCCCCACACGACUCGAUGUCGGUGAGGAAUCCGACGAGACAAGAAAUAAAACAGGUGCCGAUGAAAGUCGUGCUUUGAUAGGAUUAUUCUUACUCAACUCCACAGAUUCUGUUAUCAGACAGAGGACCUGCACGUCUCCCUGGAAUCCGUUCAUCGAAUCUACUGCGGCAGAGUUGUCGGAAAAAGCCGAGUAUCCUACGGAUCGGUAUAUGAUCUAUUACGUUCAGUUACAGCAUAUGUUGGAACGAAUGGAUGCUCUUACUUUGACUAGUAUUGAGCAGCAUCAUGAUAUGGAGCAACAUAUUCGAGCCUUUAGAGCAGAGAUAGAGCUGUAUAAGAAUCGGCUACCUGUUGAUCCAACUUGUGACCCCUUCAUCGCAACACAAUACCACACUCUAGAACUCCAAAUAUGUCAAAUCAGUCUCAUAGAUGGCAAGGCCGCCUCCGUCGCAUCCGACGGCUUCCUACUACUCUCAAGAAGCGACACCCUCUGCCAUGGACUAGCAGUCUCCAAAAGAUUCCUCGACUACUACUUGAAACUCCCUCCAACAAUCGAAAAGAACUAUAGCAUUGUCACCUGGCUAUCAACCGGAUUCUUAAUUGCCGCUGCAUCAAAAUUAGUUCUCGCGGCUCUGAACCCUUCCCUCCGACAUAAUCGCCAGGUACAAGAACUUCGCGACGCACUUGAUAUACCGAAGAUGCUUAACUUUUUCGUCGAUCGUCACGAGGCAGUUGCGAAGACUUGUAAGGAUGGGUCGUUUUCACAUUACCAGAAGUGGCUUGUGGCUGCUAUCACGUGGUUUGAUAAGGCGUAUCAGGUUGCUCAGUUGGAGGCUGCGAAGAUUAUUGAGAAUGAGGCUUUUGCUUCUUUUGAGGCGUCGCAGUUUACGGAGCAGAACCAGAUGGGACAGAAUGAUCCGCCUGAUCCGAAUUUGUUCGGGUUGGAUUUUGAUAUUACCAUGGAGGAGUUGAUGGGGGGUUGGAUAGGACCGAUACCUGGUUUGUGGGAUUUCAGGUAA